UCCCAAAGUGAACCUUAGAGUGGUAGAAGAAGAGGAACUUUUAUUUGAAAACUUCAAUAUGCCUGCUGUAGCUAGCUUCGAUCCUCAUUCAAAAUCUGACUUGCCUAGAAAUGUUGCUGAUUAUCCACCUACCGUUUGGGGUGAUUUCUUCCUUCAAUAUGCUUCGGAAUCUAUGGAACUCGAUCAGAAUAUCGUGGCAGAAAUUGAUUAUUUAAAAAACGAAGUGAGAAACUUGCUAGCCACAAAGAAUGAGAUGCCCAUGGCCAAAGUCAACUUAAUCGAUUCAAUAUGUCGUUUGGGUGUCAGCUAUCAUUUUGAGCAUGAGAUCGACGAAAUGUUGCAACUUAUUCACAUGACUUAUAUUGAAAAUGGACAAAUAACUCUUGAAGAUAAUAUUCAUUCUCUUACCGUGUUAUUUAGAGUAUUAAGACAACGAGGACUUUACGUAUCACCUGAUGUGUUCAAAAAAUUCAAAAACGAGCAAGGAAACUUUAGUGAAAGACUCAUCACAGAUGUGGAGGGGAUGCUAAGCUUGUUCGAAGCCUCGCAUAUGAUGAUUCACGGAGAGGAAAUUUUGGAAGAGGCAUUGGCUUUCACGUCUACUCACCUUGAGUCCAUUUCCACUCAAUUGAGUCCUUCUCUUGCAGCACAAGUCAAACAUAGCUUAACACAAUCUCUUCGCAGAAACUUGCCUAGACUAGAGGCACGACGCUACAUUUCCAUAUACGAGCAAAAUACUUCCCAUAAUGUAAUUCUACUCAGGUUGGCAAAAUUGGAUUUUAAUAUGCUCCAAAGCCUACAUCAAAUGGAGUUUGGAAAUAUUUGCAAAUGGUCGAAGGAGUUGGGCAUUACUAAAAAACUACCAUUUGCACGAGAUAGAAUAGUAGAAUGUUGCUUUUGGAGUAUGUCAGUAUACUUUGAACCCCAAUAUUCUCAAGCAAGAAAAAUGAUGUCAAAAGUAAUCGCUCACCUAUCAUUUAUUGAUGAUACAUACGACUCUUACGGAACUGUUGAUGAGUUGGAACUAUUUACCAAGGCUGUUGAAAGGUGGGAUAUUAGUUGUUUGGAUGAUCUUCCAAAUUACAUGAAGAUACUUUACAAGUCUCUCUUAAAUGUUUAUGAGGAAAUAGAGCAAGAAAUGAGGAAAGAAGAAAGAAUAUAUACCCUAAACUACUUUGUAAAAGAUUUCAAGAAAAUAGUCCAAGCUUAUAUGACUGAGGCAAGAUGGUUGGACAAUAACUAUGUACCAACAAUAGAUGAGUACAUGUCCAUAUCAAAGAUAACAUCUGGUUAUCCAGUGUUGUCUACAACUUCUUAUAUUGGCAUGGGAGAUAUAGCCACGGAAGACAUCUUCAAUUGGGUCACUAAUAUGCCAAAAAUUGUAAAUGGUGCUGCUCUUGUUUGUAGGUUAAAUGAUGAAAUUGUGUCCAAUGAGUUUGAACAGAAAAGAGGGCAUGUUUGUUCAUUUCUAGAAUGCUAUAUGAGACAAUAUAAUACUGAUAGGGAAGCUGCCAUUCAAGAAUGUCAAAAAGGAGUUGAAAAUGCAUGGAAAGAUAUGAAUGAGGAUUGUCUUACGCAAACUAAAGUUCCAUUGCCUCUUUUGACUUCCGUUCUCAACCUGACACGUUUUAUUGAGGUUUAUUACAAAGAUAAAGAUAAUUACACGCAUUCUGAAGGAUUAAUGAAGACACACAUUAAAGCUUUACUUGUUGAUCCAGUGCCAAUUUGAGCAUUAAUUUAAAUUUGUCGUUAUGUUUUGUAUUUCCACAACUAAUAAAGAAAAUAUGUCAAAUGUGAAAAUUAUUAUAUAGAAAGCGACUUUCAUCUUAAAUAAGUUUAUAUUUUACUCUA